UCGGUUGCAGCUCGUGCUCUAACACACAAACGCUCACCGCGAGCGGACUGCUGAACGGGGCGGCACGAGACUCUUCCUCACCACCACCACCCUCCUCCUCCUCGGUGGAUGGAGGGAUGCUGACGGGAGAGAGCUUCAUCACAAUCUUCAUCACCGAGCAUCAUCAUCACCACCCUCAUCCUCAUCCUCACAGGAGGAGGAGCAGCAGCUCUCCGCGGACUAAAAAGUUAAGGAGGAUCCGGUGUUAAUUACGGAGCACCGGAGGGGCUCGUGCCCGGCGUUGACCCGGGAUAAUCCGCCUGACACGGUUAAUUUCUACUUUGGACUCCUUGGAAACGGACGCGGUGGUUUUUGGGGGAUUUACGGUGUGUUGACCGGAUCACUGACGGUGCUUUCAAGGAUCGUUUUCUAAACACUCCCCGGUCCUGAAACUGAUCUCCGGUGUGUUUGAACGCAGCUCUGACGUUAAGGAGGGAUCCCCGGUGGGGUUUCUUUAAACGGAUCCCCGGUGUUUAAACUGAUCACUUAUCUGUGACGGUCUGAAAUGAUCCCCAGGUGUUGGCGGUAACGGAUCCCCGGUGGUUAAAAGGAUCAAUAACUGACUUCUGACGUUUAACUCCGGUGAUUUUUUUUUUCACACGGAUCUUUUCUGUGUUCAAACUGAGGUGCUUCACGGAUUUCUGCCGGUAGUGGUAACGGAUCCCUGAGACGGUCCCGGGUGGACUUGACGGUUUGCUGACCGACGGUAACCCCCCCCCCCCCCCCCCCCCCGGUGCUUUAAAAGAGAGAGAGAGAGAGAUAGAGAGAGAGAGAGAAGAACCGCAGGUAUAAAGCAGGUGCUCAGUGUAGACUUCACCGGGGAAAAUCACCGAGGUGCACCGGGACGAGCGCCGCUCUUCUCGGGACUGAAGAAAGUCUCGGUAAUAACGGAUCACCACCGGGAGGUCCCCCCCCCCCCCCCCCCCCCCUCCCCCGAACCCCGGGGACCGACCGCCGCCAGAAAACCAACCCGGGGCUCAUCAUCCCCACCAGGGGCGAGAGAAGAGAAGUUACCGGAGGACCGGAGGAGUUAAUCUGGAUCUUUACCGGCUAAAUUAGACGCUCUCACGGACCGUUAAUGAUCGGAUAACCCCUCAUCAUUAACACCAGACUAAUCUAAUUAAAGCGAAGGAUUGAUUGUUGGGAUUUUACCGCCUCUCUUUCUCCCGCUUUCCGCUCUGUCCUCUGUUAUCCGCCGAGGCGAUUUAUGAUCAAUCAUUUUAAAUCCAUUUUUUCAUCCAUCAGCCUCGUGAGCUGUAAAAGCAGGGAUCGUUUAGACCCGGACAUUCACCGGAGUGAAUUAUCUCCUCCACGGUGAAAUAAACCCACAUGCUGGCCGUAAAUUAUCCCCUUAACCCCCCUAGAGAGAAGCAGGGAGAGAGACAUAGACUGAGGCCAGAGAGAGAGAGAGAGAGUUAUUACCUUAAUUUAACUUCACCUGUUUAGUUGACGUGUCAAUUGAGAGCAUCCAGUAAAAUCUGAUUUUAAUUUGAAAUCUGUCCAACUGAGAUACUUCCCUCCUUUUUUUUUAUCAGCAAGUUUAAACCCUUAAAAAAAAAAAACCCCAGAUGAAUCGCAACCAAAAAGAUCUUUAUUAUACCAAAAUAAAACUCUACUGUUUUUAGCAGAAAGAGGAACCUGCAGAUUUUUUCAAAAUAAAACCUAAACCUUUAAUUUAACUCCAGCAAACUGAGACAAAACUUUGUUGUCGUGGUCAAAUCCUGUUUGCACAUGCGCUGAUCUGUGUGAAACAAUAAGUCCUCUGACUCCAAAACUGAAAUGUAAUCAUAACAUUCAUAGAGUCGUGCCUCCGAAUACUGCCCGUAAUGUUCCCAAGGUGUUUUUAUUUCCCACUGUAUCAUAAUAAUAAUAAUCCCAUAAUAGUCUGAAAGGGGUUUAUUUACGCUUUACUGCAGGUCUGGAAGAGCUUUUAACUCUGAAGAAAUUAACUUUACAACAACCCGGGGACAACAAACCUGCUGCUUUAAAAUCCCCAGUGUUAGUUUAAGCUUCGGUUGCAUGUAGAUUGAUUGAUCAAUCCUGAAGCUUGAAAUAAGGAUUUUAAUGUUUAAUCUGUGAGGAAACCCAACGACAGUCUGACUUCAGCUUCUUUCCAUGUCGCUGUAGAGUUUAGCUUACCCAGCUGGUUUCCUGUGAAAGUCUAUGGAUGGUACGCUCACUGUAUAGCCACAUACUCAACAGCAUACCUCCUCCUCCUCCUCCUCCUCCUCCUCUUCUUCAGCCUCCUCUACACUUGAAAUCAAGCCAUGCUGCAUUGAUUUUUCUUUUUCUCUCCUCGCCGCCAAAACCAGAACGCACACGACCGCCUCAUCCUUUCUGGUUUGUCAGUUUGGUUGCCUGAAAUGUAAGACGUGCCGUGGUGUUGAUUUUCCACCUCGUGUCAGAGCUGAAGGACGCUCAGAACGGCCCAGCAGCGGUGAGGUCAGAGUUCAGCUUCUUCAGAAACACAACCGCUGGAGUUUCAGCAGCGCAUACUGGAGAUUUGAACGACUGAGAACUGGGAGCUUUUGGACGAUCAAAACAAAUUUUUUUUUUAAAGAAAUCCCCUGUCAACACGCUGGAAUCUGACCUGAGGAUAAAUGAGUGUUUAUUUGAAUCACAACUUGUUUCUGACUUUGAACCUUUUGGACGUUUCUUUGUUGUUAAAGUGACAGUUUCAGCUAAAUGGGACUAAACGACAGCAGCCCGGGCGCCAUGCGAAAUGGCCGCGGCCUCUCGGACCAGUGGGCUGAGUCUGUGGUGGUCCGGCCUCGAACCACCGAGCGCCACAUCACGGUGCACAAGCGGCUGGUGUUGGGCUUCGCCCUGUCCAUCCUCACCCUCAUCAUCGUCACGGCGGUGGCUGUGGUGCUCAGCGUUCGCUUCGAGGAGUGCGGCGCACCAGAUCGUGAGGGAGCGACAGGGGAGUCGGGCUCCCGGGGUUCUGGGGGGUCGGCGAAGUUGAACGGGAGCAAAGGGGAGAGGACAGGGGAGAGGGGGGAUGAUGAGGCGGUCCAGCCCUGGAGGAACUCACGGCUGCCGGGCUCAUUGAGACCGCGGCACUACGACCUGCGGCUCGCCGUCUACAUGGACAACUUCACCUUCUCCGGAGAGGUCAGCAUUGAGCUGGAGUGCGUCAAUGCCACCCGGUUCAUCGUGCUGCACGCCGACCGCCUUGAGGUGGACCGGGUGUCCGUUACGGCAGAGGGUGGCGCCGGUGGUCGUCCUGUCAACCGACCAGGGGGCGGAGCCAUGCGUGUCCACCGCCACUUCUCCUUCCCGGCCAAUCAGAUGUACGUGGUGGUGCUGCACCGCGAGCUGAAGCCGAUGAGGGUUUACCGGCUGAACGUGAGCUUUGACGCCGCCAUCGAGGACGAGCUGCUGGGCUUCUUCAGGAGCUCCUACACCCUGCAGAGAGAGAGACGUUACCUGGCAGUGACUCAGUUCAGUCCGAUCCACGCCCGGAAGGCCUUCCCCUGCUUCGACGAGCCCAUCUACAAGGCCACGUUCUCCCUCACCCUCCGCCACGACCCGCAGUACACCUCGCUCUCCAACAUGCCCGUCGAGAGCAGCUCGCUGUCGGACGAGGACGGCUGGGUGACCGAUCGCUUCGCCCGGACGCCUCGCAUGUCCACGUACUACCUGGCCUGGGCCGUCUGCAACUUCACCUACAGAGAGACGCAGACCGACAGCGGCGUGACGAUCCGUCUGUACGCCCGGCCGGACGCCAUCGCCAGCGGGGCAGGGGACUACGCCCUCCACAUCACCAAGAGGCUUCUGGGAUUUUACCAGGACUACUUUAAAGUCCAGUACUCGCUGCCCAAGCUAGACUUGUUGGCGGUGCCCAAACAUCCCUACGCCGCCAUGGAGAACUGGGGGCUGAGCGUCUUCGUGGAGCAGAAGAUCCUGUUGGACGCCGAGGUGUCGUCCUCGUCCUAUCAGAUGGAGCUCACCAUGGUGGUCGUCCACGAGAUCUGCCACCAGUGGUUUGGUGACCUGGUGACUCCGGUCUGGUGGGAGGACGUCUGGUUGAAAGAAGGUUUCGCUCAUUUCUUUGAGUACGUCGGGACCGACUUCCUCUUCCCAAAGUGGAACAUGGAGAAGCAACGCUUCCUGACUGACGUCCUCCAUGAGGUGAUGCUAUUGGACGGCCUAAGCUCCUCCCACCCGAUCUCCCAGGAGGUGGAACAAGCGACGGACAUCGACCGAGUCUUCGACUGGAUCGCCUACAAGAAGGGGGCAGCGCUGAUCCGGAUGCUGGCUAACGUGAUGGGACAGCCGCUGUUCCAGAAAGGUCUCAACGAUUAUCUGCUGAGUCACAUGUACAGCAACGCAGCCAGAGACGACCUGUGGAGCAAACUGUCUCAGGCCAUGCGUUCAGAGGGGCGGGACAUCAACAUUGGAGAGAUGAUGGACAGGUGGACUCUACAAAUGGGCUACCCUGUCGUCACCAUCAGCAAGAACCAAUCAGAGCAGCUCCCUACUCAUUACAUCACUGUCAGCCAGGAGCACUUCCUGUACACACAGGAAGUCAGGAGCAACAACAGUUUACAGUGGCAGGUCCCAUUGACGGUCGCCGUGGGAAACACAUCCGCUGUUUGUUUGGAGAGCCUCAUCUGGAUCAACAAUAAGACAGAGACCCACAGGGUUGGUCAGAUGGGCGACAACACCUGGUUACUGGGCAACAUAAACCAGACGGGCUACUUCCGCGUGAACUACGACCUCCAGAACUGGAAACUGCUGAUUCAACAACUCCACACCAACCCCCAAAUCAUCUCGGUCGGAAACAGGGCGGGACUUAUCGAUGAUGCGUUCAACUUGGCCAGGGCGGGGUACCUCCCCCAGGGCGUUCCCUUGCAGCUGAUUGGCUAUCUGCCCGAGGAGACGUCCUUCCUGCCGUGGCACGCCGCCAGCCGAGCGCUCUACCAGCUGGACAAACUGCUGGACCGCACAGAGGAAUACAGCCUGUUCAGUGACUACGUGUUGAGGCAGGUUGCGUCACGGUACCAUCAGAUGGGUUGGCCGACAAAUGGCCCCGGCAGCGAGAGCAACGUCCUGCAGGCGUCCUACCAGACUGAGGAGUUACAGAGGGAGCUCAUCAUGUUAGCUUGUAGCUUCGGGAACAAGCAGUGCCACCGCCAGGCUGUCGCCUACAUCUCUGACUGGAUCUCCAGCAACAAGAACAGGAUUCCUCCCAACAUCAGAGACAUCGUUUACUGCACCGGCGUCAGUCUGAUGGACGAGGACGUGUGGGAGUUCAUCUGGAUGAAGUUCCACUCGUCCAACGCCGUCUCAGAGAAGAAGAUCCUGCUGGAGGCUCUGACCUGCUCCGACAACACCUUCCUCCUCAACAGGUUACUGAACCUGUCUCUGACCUCAGACCUGGUCCCAGAGCAGGACGUGAUCGACGUCAUCAUCCACGUGGGCAGGAACCCUCAGGGUCGAAACCUGGCCUGGAAAUACUUCAGAGAAAAGUGGGACGUCCUCAACGCCCGUUAUGGCGAAGCGCUGUUCAUGAAUUCAAAGCUCAUCAGUGGAGUCACAGAGUUCCUGAACACCGAGAGAGAACUCAAUGAGUUAAAGGAGUUCAUCCAGUUCGGCGGUGUGGGGGCGGGGCCUGCUCUGCCACGGGCGCUGGAGAUCGUCGAGGGCAACGUGCGCUGGCACCGCCUCCACCGACGCCAGUUUUACCAGUGGCUGCGCAAACCUCCGGGCCCCGCCCUCGGCUAACGCUACGCCAGCUAGCUCGAGCGAAGCGACUGCACACUGACUGCUAAGCUCACGCUAAUGCACUGCUAGCUUACAGAUGCAGUCAGAUAGAUUGAAACAAAUGACUGGAUGAGAAGAGAAAGACCGACCUGACUGGUUAUUCAGCUGGUUUCUCUACUGGUUUUGUUUUUAAACUUUUUUAAUUUCAGAUGGAUUAUUUUACCUCUUCAACAAGUGGCUGAUGUGGUUAAACUGGUUUCUGUGCUGUGAAAAAGUAAAGACACAUUUAAACGAAUAAAGCUGAGAGCUAGCCUUUAAGUCACUAGCUUCAGUCUGCUAACUAGCAGCUAGCUUCAAAACUAGCUACAGAGAAAAGACAUGAAUUUAAAUCAUAACAGACGAACUUUUCAAACUUUUAACAUUAAACAUUUAAGUACUUGAUAUAUUAUUCCAAAUGUCGUCAAUAUCUUAUAAUUAUGAUGUGAAAAUUCUUGAAAAUUGGCUAAAUCAACCAUUACAGGAGCAGGUGGCUGUUGCUAACGUUGCUUUUUGACUUCUAUAUAUGGUCAAAUCUGUUUUUAUGGAGUUUACUGCGCACUUCAAACUCUCCCUGCUGACACAGUUUAUUAUAAAACUCUAAAAACAAAACAAAACAACAGUUUGACACAGAUGUUAAAGGCCAAAGCUUCUAAUCACAUUAGCAGCUGUGCAAUUAGCCAAAACACCCUUGAGCAAUGCGGUGAGUUCGCUGUCCUGCUGUCUGCCUGACAGCUUCUCAUGUCUGAGCUAAAGGUCUGAAAAUGAGAACCGGACCAGAGCAGAACCCAGAGCGUAUCACUCUUAAAGGAACAGUGAAGACACAUUCAUCUCUGUAAUGUUCUGUAUUUUGACUGUAUAACCAAAGUGUUUUCAGCCCCUCUCGGUUCAAAUUCAGAUCUCUCACUAACCAGAGACCCAUGAAAGUGUAAACCAGACGUUGCUGCGUUAGCUGCAUUGAACCAGCUGACAGUAAAAGGCACGUUUCCCAGCAGUGAGCUGGAUGUCGAUCAUUGAGCUGUAAUUAACACUACAUGGACUCGUUGUCCUCUGAUCACAGCUCUCAGGGGACUCAUUCAGACUCAUUAACUCUCCGCGGCGUUCAAACUGCUUCAGCUUGAAUCUAAAGAGCAGCGUUAUGUUUUUUCAUGAUCAAGAAACUCCAGCAGUUUGGGAAAAUAUCAGCUGGUUUUCAGAGGCUUUUGUUGGCGCUCAGCUUCAGAAAUGUACUUUCAAUAUAAAAGCUCAUGAUAAACUUCAAAAUUUUAGCUCCAGACCACAGAGAAGCCACAUGUGGAAGAAUCUUUUUCCUCUGAAGAGCUGUGAUGUUCUGGUCUUUUUUUUAACAAGCAGAAAAUUGGUUAAAAGUGAAAACAAACUAACGAGGCAGAAACAAUGUUCUCACAUAAAAGGCAUGAUGGGAUUUAGGAAAACUGUAAUGGAGACAGAAUCUGACAAGACUUAAUAAUUUGUUUGAAGUUAGAUCAAUAAACCUGAAAAUGAAACGUUUGUCAGCUUUUACAGAAAAUCCUUUCGUAAAAUUGAACAAAAGAUCCAAUUUUUAUUUUAUAGUCUCUCAUGAAAAGUAUUGAACUGUGUCUCCUGUGCAAUCUAUAAACUUAAAGGUCCCAUAGUCCCUUCAGUCAGCCAAUCAGAACAGAGGAGGCUCUCCUCUCUUCUGAUUGGCUGACUGUUUUCUGAGUGAUCCAAUAAAAAUAUAGCAGAUUUCAGGUAAAAACACUCAGAGAAACCAAAUCCUGCAAGGUUUGGAUGGUGGGUCCAGGUGGGCGGGGCUUGGUGACUGCUUUGUUGUGACAUCACAAAGUUCCAGAAGUCCUGACGGCUGGUUUUAAGGCUCAGUUUCUGAAUACAGGCUGUGUGCAUUUCUCUGUGGACUGAGGCUUUGAUACUUUCACAGUAUUAAUAUAGAAGCUAGAGCUGAUCUAUAAUCACACUACACAUGGACACAGACCUUUACACUGGAUGUACGUUUAAUGUUCCUACCUCAUAUUAAGUGGAACAACCAAAUGAUUAUUGAAAUACAAAAUAAAAAAUCACUUUUGAAAGCAAGUGUACAAAGUGCAUCGCAGUCAGAACAAACACAAAACAGCCACAGAAAAAUCUACCAAAUAAAUUAAAAAGAAAGAUAAUCCAAAAUUGUCGAUUUUUACAACACAGAAAACUUAAUCAGAACAAGAAUAAGAUGCUUCUUGCCAAAUGUCUUCCUUAUUUCUUCUAACUGGUAUUUUCUUCUUCGUUACCUUUUUCUAAUAAGAGAAACAAAACAGAAAUAAUAUUCCCAUAAAUUACAAACGCACAGGUCACAUGAUCCAGGGCAUUAAGCUUUGCUCUUCCUUAAUUUCAAAUGUCAAACUUAACAGUGUCAGCAACCACUCCUUUGUUCACGUGUUCGCUUCUCUUUUUUUAGUCAUAACUUUAGUUGUAAAUAAAGAUUACAGUCACCAUUUCGCAUCACUAAUGUGCACAAGUGUCAACAGAAGGAUUUUAGUAUUAAAAAAAAGUAACGUAAAUGCUCUGGGCAUUAUUUUUUUUCUUACCAUUUUUACCCUAACAAGUAUAUAUUACACAGUUACAGUUCAGUCACAAAUGGUAGAAAGUAAACAUGGUAUUAAACAGAAAUAGAGAACGACUUUGGACACACCACAUGUUAAAAUAGUUUGCCCAAACUCCACACACAUAAAAUCUGUCAGCCAGUGAAGUUUCUCCUGAUUUAGUGACCUCGUAAAACCUGCCAGUAACUCCUGAGUCGGACUAAGAAGGACCUGACAGAUAGAAGAGACUGUACAGAGAAACCGAGAGGAGUCAGGGGACUGUAAACGACGUGACAACCUUUCUGACUGAGUGUAACCUUGGAGAUCAAAACCAUGACCAAAUAAAAGAAAUAAAAAAAAUAAAAAAAACUCAACAAGUCUCUGUGGUUUCACAAAAAGCACAAAACCCAGAAGGUGUUGGUUGAAAACAGAUCAGCUGCAGCUGCUGGAUAGAAACUAAAGUCGCAACAACAAGCACUACGUUUUUUCUCAGUGGUUAGUUUCAGUCAACCCUCCUGUCCCCAGAUGGAAGAAUAAAUGAGAUGACUUAAAAUGGAGGAUAAUAAAAUUGGGGUAAGGAAAUGACCGACGAGACGACUGAGACGAUCCAGCUUAGAGAAACACGUUGAGUGUCACUAUACGCAGAUGAUGCCGCUUUUUAAAUGACUGUUCGUGUGGGGACGUGGCGGAUUGACGCUCAUCAUCAGUGGACUUUUACAGCUCGAUUGAAGGUUGGACAGAGUGAUGGACUUUACAUUGUGAUUUGUUUUAGUCUGGUGAAUUAUUCGUGUGACGGAUAAAGACUUUAUGUGACGAUGAAUUUUUAUGGCGUGAUGGUGGCUCCUGAGUGCGACGGAUUCUUCGGUGGACAAUAAUCGUUUGUUGCGAUGGAUUUGAUGGUUUCUAAAGUGCGACAGACAUUUACAGUGACAACUUUUUACAGCCAAAACUGUCCACUGGGUUUUGGCAGCGACGGAUUCUGCUAUGUGACGGGAUAUACGACGCAACAGACUCAGCGAUGGCGUGAUGUAAUCUGUGGAUCAACAGCAGCAUGGAUUGUACAGUAUAGUGGACUCUACAAGAGUCUCACAGCAUGACGGAUUUUAUGCUACGAUGGAUUUUCCCAGGGUGUGGAUAUCUUCUGUCCUCCUCUGAGUUUUGUUGGACUGAACUGUGGCGCCUUGAGCUGGACACAAAAAGCACCGGAAAUAUCCACCUGUAUGAAUUUAAUUUUGGGGGCCCAACUCCAAAGAUAAGACUUCUAAGAACUUUUGGAAAAUGAAUAAAACGACUCAUAAUGAACUUUUGGAAAAUAGUCCAGUGCGUUGAACCUCCGUCCUAUUGAACAGACUUUUUUGAAGUUACUCCUCUUCUGUUAAGAUCCGGCUUUGAUGUUAAUAACUGAGCCAUAUAUGAAUUAAUGGGCCCGCCUGCUUCUAUACGCUGUGUGUGCAGUGAUGUGUGCGUGGGCGUGUGUGUGUGUGUGUGUGUGUGUGACGAAGACGACGACGAUGAAGAUAACAGCAGCAGCGGUGGCGAUGAAGACUGUUGUGCCCGUCAUGAUAAUUAAAAUUAUGAUAAUUAAAAUGAUUAUGAUUACGAUCAGGACUGAGGCUGACGGUAGCUCUAAUGAUGAUGGUGGAGUCAGUAAUGAUAAUUGUUGAUGAUGUGAAAAAGCUUAUCAGUAUUAUUAUAAUUAUUAUGCUAAUCAUUCAGUGCAUUUUGAAUCUUUAAUGUCCUGUCAGGGAAAUUUGGUUUACAGACACAAAGCACACGACAAAUCUGCCCCAUGUACAAACAAACACUGUAACUGACACGAACCUGAUGUUUAAAAUGUGGAAUUUGAAGAUGUUGACGAAGAUGGUGUUCGCCAUGAUUAUGAUCAUAAUGAUGAUGAGGCCGACUUGGGACCAAAAUGUGACGGGAAGUUGCACAGAAGAAUUUAAUCCUACUUCCUGUUUGCCCUGCUGUGGUUUCCUGUGUUUUCUGAUUGGACAAUAUUAAAAUGGUUAACCUUG